CGAAAAAGGGGAACGUCAGAGAUUCGAAGGCUGAAUCGGCCAAUGGCAUGGCGGGUGUUGCGAGGCACCGCUUCAGGUGCCUGUCAGCAAGGUUCAAUUGCCUGGCGAAUAGCAUGGCUUUUGCUGGCACUUGCCAUCGGAAACCUUUGGCCUGACGGUCCGCCUUCGAAAGCAUUUGCGCGAAAACAUGUUUUUCCCGUUGGCCUCCGCGAGCUCCGACAGAGGAUCCAACAGGGAGAUCUUUCACGGCAGGAGUAUUCUUCUACUCUAGCCAGUUUGCAAAAAGCUUACGAGCAAGAGAUGGUGAAGUGGGGCAGAAGGAGAAAAUGGGAAAAGGCUUUGGGUUUCCUUCAAGAGAUGAAAGACUUUGACUACCAGCCAGGGGUACCGGCUUAUUCUGCUGCCAUUCGUGCAUGUUGCGAGAAGGUGAAGAGGUCGUGGCCACGAGGUUUGGCUCUUUUAGAGGAGAUCAAGGAUCUUGGCAUGGUUCCAGAUGAAGCAGCAUUCUCUGCGGCUUUGUCCGGCUGUGUGAAGGAUCGGCAGUGGAAGCUCUCUAUCCAAGUUUUGCGUGACAUGCUGAGUACUGGAGCUCGCCGGCGUAAAGCGACGUUCAUGGACGCGCUCCAUGCUUGCCAGUGCGGAGGACUCUGGCAAGAUGCCAUUGACAUCAUAGAAGUCAUGGAGGAGUCAGACAUUGACCCCGCAAGCGAAGGCUUCAACAAGGCGAUGGAUGCCUGCCUUACUGCCAACGAGGAUGACUGGUUUGAUGUCAUGGAGGACAAAGCUGCAGCUCGUGGCUAUGAAAUUAUUUUGUGAGAAGAAGCCAAGGGGCUCGUGGCAGGGUCAAACGAAUCACUCGUCAGCCCUCGAAUCAAGUUCCCAUGGCAUCGCGUGUGCUCAGCAAGCGUGUGCGAGCGUCCAAAAA